CAAACCGACAACAAGCAAGCAGGGCGUGGCGGUGUGCUUGCGUGCGUGCUGCAUGUAUUUAUGGCGUGCUCUGGCGAUGGCCGUAUUGUUAGCCUCUAGAUGCAGCGUCUCCUUGCAGUUUGGCUUCGCACAUCAGCCGCUCCGAAGCAGCAGCAGUCACCACAUGAAGAAACAGCAGGCCGGGCAAGCCGACAGGCUUUGGACCAGGCGGCGCGCCGGCCCCUCCGUCCGCCUUAGCACGGCAGAAACUGGUGUACCAGAGACAGUGGUGUCCUGCGAUACCAGCCUCAAGCCAGACAUCGAUGCGAAUGGUGCUGGGAAGGACGUUGCGACGCUACCGGCUAGCAAAGGGAAGAUCAUCCGCUCGGAGCGGAGCGGCCUCCUCGUGCUCGCCACCGUGCCGUUGGUGUGGGGUACUUACGCUCCUAGCGUGAAGUACCUAUACCAGAUGGGAGAAUCGCCUCCGGGGCUGCUGUUCAACUUUGCGUGCUACGUGGUGUCCGUGUUGACGUUCGCGGCUGUCGCCAGUCUCAACACCGCCAGAAGACAUCGAACAGCAACAGCAGGCGAGUGUGGUAGAUGGGGGAAGCGGCGCGGAGUCGAGGAAGAGGCAGAACUUCCGCCAAAAGAGAAAGCACUACGAAACCGCUACGCCGCAAGAGCGGGAGCUGAACUAGGACUGUGGCUUUUUCUUGCUGGUACCGUGUGGGGAUUGGAGUUGACCUCGGCAAGCAGGGCAGGAUUCCUGGUGCAGCUUACGACGGUCAUCGUGCCGGUUUUGGAAGCGUUUGUGGGGCGGCGAAAGCUCAAGCCACAGGUGUGGUUGGCGUGCGCGCUUGCCACGGUGGGAGUUGCGCUAGUGAGUCUUGGAGGCAUCCUUCCUCCGGGAGCUGAUCUUUUCAAGUACAUUUCCGGUUCGCUUUCAGCCACUCGGCUGGCCCCGUCGGGGCUGUGGGAAAGCGUCACGAGCGGAAACCUUCGGGGAGACUUGCUAGUGGCCUGUUCUGCCCUAUUUUACUCCCUCCAUGUCGUGCGAUUAGGGGUACACGUGUCUAAGCUGGACACGCUGUCUCUCGCAAGGGCGAAGGCGCUCUCGGAGCUUGCGCUCUCCGCGCUGUCGCUGGUGGUGGCGGGGUUCUUGGGGGGGCAAGCGGACAACUUUGCGAGGUUUCUUGGUGCCCUGGCCUCGAAGCCUGACCUGCUGCUGGUAUUCUCCGCGGUGGUGAUCUGGAACGGGGCCCUAACAACUGCGUACGCCAUGUGGGCGCAAACCCGGGGGCAGGCGUCGGUGGCCCCUAGUGAGGCGAAUUUGGUCUACUCGCUGCAGCCGCUCUGGUCCGUCUUGUUUGCGGCAAUGCUCCUCAAGGAGUCUUUUAGGGGCGUAGAGGCGGCGGGCGCGGGGCUGUUGCUCUUGUCGCUGUUUCUUGUCACGACCCAAACCGGCGGCGGUGGCGGCGGCGCUUCUCCGACCAACCACGGCGGCGAUGAGGCAACAGCAUCAGCACCAACAGCGGCAGGCCAAGGAGAUGAAGAGGCUGCAGGGAAAAUUGCAUGAGGCAGCAGGCCCCUUUUGCAUUUCAUGGUUAGGGAGUUGGUUUGGUGACUGCACGUGAAUGGUUUGUAUGUGUGUUUCCCGUUACCCGCUCUGUGCUUUUGGCGUCGGCGGAAGUUUUCAUUCAUGGAACAACAUUUUUGAGACAUGUGUUCGUCUCGAGACAGAGAGAAAUCCUUCAAGAACAAGCCGUAAAUAGACGUUCGAGCAUGAGUCGCCGCCCUCAAGUUCUUCACGGACGACGAGAAGAGUCGACCACUCUUUGGUGUGGCUUGGACACAAUUAUACACCACACUGCGCAAGUAUCGGCUUGGAUCCCAGGCUAUUUCAUUGGGAGAGAUGCCGCAAGAACACCACUCGAUAUCCUCGUCACCUCAUCACCGAGGGUACCACCAGUCUAGAUGUUCAAGAGAACGGACAACGCGGUGAGGAAUACUAGAGGGCACGCCAUGGUGCCAAUACUAAUAUUUGCCUGUGGAGGCGCGCUACUGCUUCACCUACCCUUCGGUUUUACGGAUGGAUUGGUGUGUGGGUGCCUGGGAACUGCCACGCUGUAAAACGCUUUCCAUGAUGUCGCAACGCUUGGAAAACCCUGUGAUUUUUGUGGGGGGUAGGACGAGUGGGAGCUGAGCUGGAUGGUCUACACCCUCCGCCGCCUUCAUUGCUAAAAGCAUUGAUGAAUUUUCAGCAAUCGCUCGAGCAGAGUCUU